CCGCCGAAGUUUAACAGUCCAGGCGGGAGCCGGAAGCCCAGCGCCGGAGAGGGCCGCGCCGGGGCCCCCGGUGUACGGCGGCUGAGAGGUGCAGUCAUGCAGGAAAACCUCAGAUUUGCUUCAUCGGGAGAUGAUGUUAAAAUAUGGGAUGCUUCAUCUAUGACAUUGGUGGAUAAGUUCAACCCACACACAUCACCACAUGGAAUCAGCUCAGUGUGUUGGAGCAGCAAUAAUAACUUUCUAGUGACAGCAUCUUCCAGUGGUGACAAAAUAGUUGUUUCAAGUUGCAAAUGUAAACCUGUUCCACUUUUAGAGCUUGGUGAAGGGCAAAAGCAGACAUGUGUCAGUUUAAAUUCAACAUCAAUGUAUUUGGUAAGCGGAGGCCUAAAUAACACUGUUAAUAUUUGGGAUUUAAAAUCAAAAAGAGUUCAUCGAUCUCUUAAGGAUCAUAAAGAUGAAGUAACUUGUGUAACAUAUAAUUGGAAUGACUGCUACAUUGCUUCUGGAUCUCUCAGUGGUGAAAUUAUUUUGCACAGUGUAACCACUAAUUUAUCUAGUACUCCUUUUGGCCAUGGUAGUAACCAGUCUGUUCGGCACUUGAAGUAUUCCUUGUUUAAGAAGUCGCUACUGGGCAGUGUUUCGGAUAAUGGAAUAGUAACUCUCUGGGAUGUGAAUAGUCAGAGUCCAUACCAUAACUUUGACAGUACACAUAAAGCUCCAGGUUCAGGCAUCUGUUUUUCUCCUGUCAAUGAAUUGCUAUUUGUAACUAUAGGCUUGGAUAAAAGAAUCAUUCUCUAUGACACUUCAAGUAAGAAGCUAGUGAAAACUUUAGUGGCUGACGCUCCUCUAACUGCAGUAGAUUUCAUGCCUGAUGGAGCCACUUUGGCUAUUGGAGCUUCCCGUGGGAAAAUAUAUCAAUAUGAUUUAAGGAUGUUGAAAUCACCAGUUAAAACCAUCAGUGCACAUAAGACAUCUGUGCAAUGUAUAGCAUUUCAGUACUCCACUGUCCUUUCUAAGUCAGGUUUAAAUAAAGGCUGUUCAAAUAAGCCCACAGCUGUGAACAAACGUACUGUUAACGUGAGCACUGCUAGUGGAGGAGUCCAGAAUUCUGGAGUUGUCAGAGAAGCAGCUACCACUUCCAUUGCCACAGUUCUGCCACAGGCCACGACAGCAGUUGUGGGGAAAGGAACAGUUGCUCUUCAAGACAAAGCAGGUCUGCCUCGAAGCAUAAACACAGAUAUUUUAUCUAAGGAAACAGAGAGUGGGAAAACCCAGGAUUUCUCCAGCUUUGAUGAUACUGGAAAAAGUAGUUUAGGUGACAUGUUCUCACCUAUCCGAGAUGAUGCUGUAGUUAACAAAGGAAGUGAUGAGUCCGUAGGAAAAGGAGAUGGCCUUGACUUUCUACCACAGUUGAACUCAGUGUUUCCUCCAAGAAAAAAUCCAGUAGCUUCAAGCACUUCAAUGUUGCAUUCUAGUCCUCUUAAUGUCUUUAUGGGGUCUCCAGGGAAAGAAGAAAAUGAAAAUCAUGAUCUGACAGCUGAAUCUAAGAAAAUGUAUCUGGGAAAACAGGAACCUAAAGACUCCUUCAAGCAGUUUGCAAAGUUGAUCUCUGGUGCUGAAACUGGAAAUCUAAAUACCUCUCCAUCAUCCAACCAAACAAGAAGUCCUGAGAAAUUUGAAAAGCCAGAAAAAGAAAUUGAAGGCCAGUUUAUAUAUGAACUUCCAGUCAAUGGAUCCUCAACUCCAAAUCCAAAGAUAGCAUCUUCUGUCACUGCUGGAGUUGCCAGUUCACUAUCAGAAAAAAUAGCUGAUACCAUUGGAAAUAAUCGGCCAAAUGCACCAUUGACAUCUGUUCAAAUCCGUUUUAUUCAGAACAUGAUACAGGAAACAUUGGAUGACUUUAGAGAAGCAUGCCAUAAGGAUAUUGUGAAUUUGCAAGUGGAGAUGAUUAAACAGUUUCAUAUGCAAUUGAAUGAAAUGCACUCUUUGUUGGAAAGAUACUCAGUGAAUGAAGGUUUAGUGGCAGAAAUUGAAAGACUACGAGAAGAAAACAAAAGACUACGGGCACACUUUUGAAAUUUCAGUGAAUACUUUAAUGUUUUGUAAUUUGGGAAGCUUCUGGCAACACAGAGCUAUAUAGAUUCAGUAUUGUUUUCAUGGCCUCUGGGAAAAUUUUUUUUCAAGUAAAAGGGUGAUGGGAUUGUAUACCAACCACUAUUUCAUCUUUUCUGUCAAAAAUAUUUAUAUUUUUAUAUUAAAAACUGUACACUGUGUCAUCUGCCUAAGAGGAAAGCCAACAGAAUCUUUAUUUUCUGAAAGCUUUAGCUAUACACUAAGUGCCCUUUUUCAUAAGAAAAGAAAAUUGUGCAGAAAAAAAAUAGAUUAUGUAUGUUUUUUAAUAACCUCUUUUAAACAUAAUAUUUUUGGUUGACAGUUGCCUUCCAAAUUUUUUUGGAUGUUUGAUGAUUAAAGAGUUUGAGAUACCUUCUAUUUUUAUGGAGAAAGUAAUUUUAAUUGGUGUUUUGGGUUUCUAAGCAGUUGACUAAUAAAACACAAGGUUGAUUAAUAAUUAUUUUGUUAACUUGAUGAAGUCAAGUAUGACUAUUAUUUAUUGUACAUUUGAUAAGAAAAUUUUCAGAAUUUCGAAUUGCACAGAUUACAUUAUAUCUAUUGCAUUUAUGUUACUGUAUUAUACUUCUAACAAAUCUCUACUCCUGGUCAGUGUUUUUUAGCUAAUUUCACUUUAUGAAAACUUUUAAGGGUUUAUAAGACUCAACCAGAACUGCAUAUCUGCUGAUUAUCUCAUGAAUUAAUAACAUACAAAAUUAUACUAUAAAGUUUCAAUCAAUAUAAUUCAACUUAUAAACAGUGAAAAUUUCAUAUUACAUACUAAAUAUUACAGUAUUAGUGCCAUUUUUUUUCUCCCAAAUGAUGUGUGGUUUAUUUUGUUUUGUGGUUUAUAUCAUUAAGUUUCUCUAAUUCUUUGUGUGUUGUGUGUAAUAUUUUAUACUAUUGACCUUACUAUAAAAUAAAUAAAAUUAAAAAAAACACAACAGGAAGGUUAAUUGUCAAAAGAAUUUACACCUCUUUGAUAAUAUGUAGAUGUGUACAUCUGCCUGCUCUGAUCUACAUUUUUAGUGAUAGAAGAUUAGGGGGGCCACUGGCUUGUUUACCUUCUUAUAGUCUUUUGUCCCAAAGAUUUAAACUAUGUACCUUGUAUAUAGCACUCCUGCCCAAUUUUGACUUCUGAGAUGAAAGUAUUUACUAAAAGAACUCUAUUAAAAAAAAAAGAAGAAAUGUAGCUAGCUUACUAACUUUUUUCCCCUAAGUGCUGAGAGAUUUUAAGGGUAUAUUAAAUAAGUGUAAACAUACUAAUAAUUACUUCAAGAAAUAAAAGCAGAUUACUUUGUCCUAGUGCGGCUCAGAGAAUACAUUUGUAUUAAAGCUUUAGGAGUGCUUCUAUAAUCUUUUUUCCUGACAGGUUAUAAAAGCAUUAUGGCUUGUAACAGGUUUUCUUAUAUAUCAUUAUCAAACAGAUUUAGAAGACAUAAAAGUGUGUUUUGCUACAUGCUGUAUUUAAAUCGGUUAAUAUUUUCCUAUUGCCUUUUUCUAUAAAUGCACAUAAUGUGUAUUAAAAGAGAUUGGAUAAAUAAAAUAAUUUUAGUAACUUUAUGCAUAAAGAUGAAAUCUUUUUUUGUCAUGGAACUUAAAAGCUAAAUAAGCACGAAAAAUUUUAAAUGGUAAAAAUGGGAAACUUGAAAUUGAAUUUUAGCCUCUGGCCAAGGUAGCAUAAUAGAGAUUGGAUUUAUACAACUGAAUUUUAAAAAGACCCAAAAUAUUUGAAAUAAUUUUCAAAUACUGAAUUUUUGAAAAUAAAAAACUCAACUUAGAUUCUGUACCUAGUGAGAAUACCUUUUGAAAAUGAAAUAAAACUUUUUCAAACCUAGAAAGGCUGAAAGAAUUUAUCACAAGAAGCCUUUUGCCCUACAGGAAAUGUUAAAGGUACUGGAUAGAAAUCUUCUGUGCAAAGGAAUAAAGAGCAAUAAAAAUGGUAAAUAUGUGUACAAA